AUGGAAGAAGAAGAGAACGUGAUUUUGCGUUCGGCGAUGACGAAGAAGAGCGAGAGAGAAUUUGAAGAUGGGGGUGUUUCUUGUGUAGCAGUGAAACGGGCAAUUGGACGAAUCAUUCGUUGGCGUGUUGGUCGUGUUUUUCUGCCUAUCGAAUGCAUCGACGAGGAAGUCAGGAAAUAUAUUCAACAAUCCUUGAGUUCCAUGGAAAAUUUGUCUAAAAGAUGCUGUCUGGAGAAGAUUUGCCUCGUCGUGACCGAAGAUGAUGAAAAGGGAUGUCAAAAGCCGAUCGAAAAAUUCGUCGUACAACUUCGGAGUCCAGUUGCGAAUAAUUCUGCUCUCGUCGAAGCCGAUCCUGCAUUCAUAAAGUUGGAGCAAGAUUUCCGUGCUGCCUUGCUGAAAGUUUCCCGGUUAAGCAAAGGCGUUGGAGGAACGCUGACUGAGGCUGAGCCGUGCGAAUCAAGAUCAUUCGCAAUUUGGACUGUGAUGGAAAAUGUGGAAGCUUCGAAAUUUCUCAGCGAUGAUUCCGAACAACACGACUUUCCGUGGAUUCAUUUGGAGAAGUCAGUGGAGGAAGGCAGCAGCGGGGAAAUCAGCGGCAAGAGCGUGAUACCCAUCAGGAACUUCGCUUCACCGAUCGGUGACGUGGACAUGUUUGUGCUUGCCUGCGUGGAUCCCAGCAGCAGCAGCAGAGACCCAUGACGCAAACUUUAAAUAUGAUCCCGACCAGCCAAAGUCCCCAUUGAUCUCAGGAAACUGCGUGGCAGUAUAAUAAGUCAAGCGUUCUCUGAAAAAGCAGACUCGGGAAGGGUAAUCACUUGACUCAUGAGAGCAAGUUCAGGAGCAGACUACCGAAUGCAGUGAAGAAUAUGAGCGUGAAUGCGGAAUGGAAAAUGCUUUCGGCGGAAUUGGCGUUGCACUUGUCAGUGUCGCAGGAGCAGGCACGUAAAACUUGACGUUUUCCAUGAGUUCUCCGGACGCCACGUCAUCUUUGCAGCCAUUUACUUCGAGGUCAAAGAGCUUCAAGUCUUCCAGCGGUAGCAUCCCUCUCAUCACCACCUUCCCUGUAUAUGGAAAAGAUGAGUUGUUUUCUUUUGGAAAACCCGAUUUUGCUUCCUGGGAAGUCACAUAGGUGUCGCCUGGAUCGAUGAAUCUUUUGGAAAAAUCUAACUGGGAUUUUUCUUUUUAUAUGAACUCGUCCAAUACUGUCAAAGUUAUCAAAGUUUUGGCAACAUGCUAAGAAAGCUUUUUUGUCGAAUUUAAUUUCAGUGAUGAAGAAGAGGAACUUUCCGGCUUGUGCAGUAUAAAACAAUUAAUAACGGAUGCACUGGAAGUUAACUUGACGAAAUAAUGAUCAAGUGCAAAGUUCUUGCUGACGGUUGCUGCGAAUUUCAAAGUUGAACUUAUUUUGUUACUUAAAUCAGGCUAAGCAUGAGAUUAUGGUUUAAUUACUUAUUGUCUUGUCAGCAUUUUGAGAGUUUUCUGAGUAUAUAUUUCUGAAUUACUUAAGCUAUUCUUUGGAUUUGAAAUCGCAAUGCUAAACAUUACAUUUCCACAGCUUGAUUCUCCUGGAGUGAUCUUUUUAUGGCGAUUAUUUGCAGUUCUAGAAUUCCCACAAAAUUUUCUAUUUUUUGCUAUUGCCCUUUUUUAUUUGUAAUGAUCAUAAAAGAUUAUAAACUAAUUUCCAUAUUCCAUGCGUAACUUUUGGGACCUUGGCUUACAAAUACUUUAUCAGCUUUGUUUUUUGUCUUCUUUUCAAAUGUGGAAACCCCAUCUUUUGUACGGUAAUUUGCAUCAAUUCUUUUGACAUUUCGGCGGUCGUGCCCGUGAAGCGACAAUCGAUAUAAAAUCAAAUAUAUUUUCUGAUACGAAAGCAAGCUCGGAAACUUGAAUUUCUUUCGUUUUCGUCGUGCCGAAAAGAAAUCAGUGUGACAGGCCGGUAUACAGACUGCCUUCGGAGGAAGUUUUUCACCUUGAAGAUGUGACCGGGAGAGAUGAUAGCCAAGGAAAUUAUUUGCGGUCGGGUGUAUUGGAACCGAUAAUCUGUGACUCAAAGCGUGGGAAAUUCAACGAGAGAUAUAUAAUCGAGAAAGAAGAAACCGAUUUUGGAUAAACGGUUGCGAGGAAAAGAAAAAACUAAAUAUUCUCUGCUGCCUGCUGACGAAUGAGUUCGGCGAAAAAUCGUAUUUUUUUAUUGCUGAAUUUUAUCAGUUCGCGAUUUUGACCAAUAAUUCAGCUGAUCCACUUAUUUUUAAAAGGAUGCCAUGAUUGUAUAGUGUUAAAUUCAUUGGUAUAUGAUCAGUCCGCGCAUUUUUUUUCCAAAAUCUAUGGACAAUGGGGGAAAAAGUUCAUGUAAAAUUUGUUUAAAUUAGUGAGGCUAUCCCAGAUGGAUGCGUGAUGUACAGUACAAGGGUUGUCCCAAAUCUGCGCGGCUUUUGAUCUGCUCAGGUUGGGAACUGCUGAUGCAUAAAAGUUUAAAAAAUACGUUUUAUUUUUCAUUAUGUUUCUUCCUGCUGGUAUUUUUCUAUAAUUUACAAAAAUGUUCAGAACGUUAUUGGCACCGCAAUAAAAUAUUCACUUUUGUACCUGAACA